AGUGUGUGCCGGUUGCAGACGUGGCAAGGGUUAAGGAUGGCGUUUGCAAUGACGCCAUUGUGUACGGAACCCUCCCCUGGGCUCAGUGAGGCUCUUAUAAAAAGGCCUCCAAAUUCCCCCCGGCCUGGCAAAGGGGCCGAAUGUGUGCACCGUAGGCGUCUCCAUGUUUUGCUAACUACGCUGCUGUUGGCCCUUUGAUGCGAGCAGACUAGCGCGGCGCUCCACUCAGGAGCCCUCCAUGAACGACAUUCUCCAAGUGUCCCGAGUUUGGCUUGAGUCAGACUUUCCAGUUUGGUGGUGUUGGUGUGCAGGGUGCAGGGUGGGGUGCGUGGGUCUCUCUUGAGCUGAUUGAGAAUUUGUGUUGAGUCCAAUUUCGGGUCACCAUGUGGGAAUUACGGUCCGUGUCUUUCUGGCGAGCGGUGUUCGCCGAGUUCUACGGCACCAUGUUCUUCGUCUUCUUCGGCUUGGGGGCCGCCCUCCGCUGGACCACAGGACCCCACAACGUCCUGCACGUGGCCUUCUGCUUCGGGCUGGCGGCCGCGACCUUCAUCCAGUCCAUUGGCCACAUCAGCGGCGGACACAUCAACCCAGCGGUGACCUUCGCCUUCCUGGUCGGCUCUCAGAUGUCGCUGUUCCGCGCCAUCUUCUACAUAGUGGCCCAAUGUCUGGGAGCCCUGGCCGGUGCCGCCGUGCUCUAUGGAGUCACGCCCAUUAAUAUGAGGGGCAACUUGGUCCUGAACACGCUGCAGCCGGGCAUCAGUCUGGGCAUGGCCACCACCAUGGAAGUCUUCCUCACCCUGCAGCUGGUGGUCUGCAUCUUCGCCGUGACGGACGAGCGUCGCAACGGGCGCUUGGGAUCUGCUGCGCUGGCUAUCGGUUUCUCAGUGCUGAUGGGACAUCUUCUCGGGAUUUACUACACUGGAGCAGGGAUGAACCCAGCGAGGUCCUUCGCUCCGGCUGUGCUGGUCCGGAAUUUUGUCAAUCAUUGGGUAUACUGGGUGGGGCCUUUGAUCGGCGGCACUAUCGGCGCUCUGCUCUAUGACUUCAUGCUCUUCCCGCGAAUGCGCAGCCUCUCCGAGAGGCUCGCCACACUGAAGGGCACUCGGCUCCCGGAGUCCGAGGGCCCGCAGGAGACAAGGGGAGAGCCCGUGGAGCUCAAAACACAGGCCCUAUAAGGCCUCAGAAGAGCCGCGAGCUGCUGGUCAAACACCUCUUUCCAUUUCAAUCCUGGUUCUGACAGCAGAACUGGGUCUCCUCCCUCCUUUUGGACUGCAGGACAAAGAUGAAGGCUUUCGACCAAGUCACCUUCUUUCUUUUCGCUCGUUUUUUUCCCCUUCUUUUUUUGGGCUAGGAGUGAAGCUAUACAGUAGAGACUUCAGCAUGCUUUUCUUUAUUCAGCCUCCAUGAUUUUGCUCUUUGCUUUGUUCCGCUUCAUUUAACGUGUGUAUUGUACUUAACCAGAAUGAAUACCAUUUUUUAA